AUUAUAAACAAAACCACAUUGUUUUUUCAUCUUAAAAUCAUAGACCUAUACAAUUUUAUAGGUCUAUGUUUAAAAUACAAUAAUAAUUAGUUGUGCCUUUUUUAUCCGUCUAUAAAAGCUUUUUGACAAAACUUUUGCGAUGAACGUGAAAAGCGAUGACCCAGAAUCAACACGCAAAAGAAAUUUACCGGCAUUCCAAGGAAUCGGCUCUGUAAUAAAAACUAAAGAAAAAGUUGUAAAAGGUGUUGUAAAAACACAAGAAGCCGAAGCCAAACGCCAGAAUGCAUUGGAAGAAAAAUGGAAAACAUUACAAAACCAAAAAUUUGCAAUUGCAAAUGCACUUAAGGGAGAAUCAUUGAACAAAAGAAUAAAAUUUGAUGACGAUGGUGAUCAACAAAAAAAUGAUUUGCAAUUAUCCAAACAAAAGAUUUCAUUGUUUGAUGAUGAUGAUGCUAGUGAUCACGAAAAUCAAGGAGAGUUAGUACCCGAUUUCAAACUAAAAUUACGAUUUGAAGGUGAAAAAGGCAAAAAGUUAUUCCAUAUGCAAACAGCUAAAGCUACAGGUGAUGAUCGAUUUGUUAUGGACAAACGAUUUUUUGAAGAACAAGAAACUACUGAAAAAUUAAGUGAUGAUGAGAUAGAAAAACAAAUGAAUAUUUUGGAAGAUGUAAUUGGCCGAUCAAUAACAAAACCUAAUAAGGCCAAAGGAGAUGAAAUAUUUAACAUGGUGAGAUAUGAUCCAACACAAGAAGAACAUAAAAAAUAUGUAAAAGAUAAACCAGAAUUACCAAAACAGAAGCGACCUAAAAAACAAAAAGUAGAACAGAACAAAGUUGUAGCUGAAGCAAUUGUUGAUACAGAUAAAUAUUAUAAAGUUGGUGAUAAACUAAAAGAUGUAUUUAAUUCUCAAAAUCAAUUUAGCUUUACUAGCUUAUUUCAAACAUCUGAUAAAAUUGAUGAUGUUGACAAAAAUGAAUAUCAAUCAGAAAAAAUUACUAAACCUCAAAAAAAAUUUGGUCGCAAUCCAUUUAUUGAUGACUCUAGUGACUCGGAAAAUGAAGAAAACGAUUUGGAAGAUAAGAAUGAAAAUUUUAGUACUGAGACUAAUGAAGUGCCUUCGGGAAAAUUUUUAGGAUCUAGAGGUGUUUGGCGAGAAGUAUUUUUUUUCAAAGUAGAUGAUUCUAGAUUCAAAGAUGCUGAAGAAUUUUAUGAUCCUCAAUUUAAUAAAACCAACUAUUCAGGAAGUCAAGAUCCAAGAUUUAUUAAGAAAAGGGAUUUAUUAAGAGAUUUUUUGAAAAACAAAGAUAAGAGACAUAAACGAGAUGUUGGUAAAAAGAUGUUUAGUAGAAAACUUGGAGGAACCCACAAUGACAAUAAAAAAGAUAAAAGUCAUAAAAAUAAACCUACAAUAAAAACAAAAAAAAAUAAUGAAGGAAAAAAAUUAAAAUCAAGCAAAACAUCUUAGUACUUAAAAACUUCCUUGUUAAUAAAAUUGUUGCAUUAUUAUUUCUAUGAAAAUAAAUUUUUUUAUGACUUUAUUA